AUGGACAUGGUCCGCCGAACUGCACUGCGAAUGGGAGCAGAAGCUGGUUCACCGACAGUAGGCUGGAUUGAUGCUGGGGGGAAGUUGACGUUGACGUUGUGGGAGGUUGAAGUUGAAGUUCGUCGUGAGAAGUUCCUGUUUGAGACGAGCCCGCGGUCGGAGAAGUUGAUGAAGAAGACGAAGAAGACGAGCAUAGAGAUAGACGGGAAGACAGCGAGCCAUGAAGCCGUUAACACAUAUAUCGAGGCCUCGAUGCCUAUCACGGGUAGUUCGGGUGAGACUCUGCACACCUUUUACUCUGUUCUAUCAAUGUUACUGACCAUUCUACAGGCCGCAAACCAGCAACUCGCUCAUGAGCAGAAGAGCUUCCUGAGCGUGCCAUACCGAGCUCUCUCCAGCAGUUCGCCAUCACCGAGGACCCCCGAGAACGUGUCAAUUGGCCGUGAGCGGAGUAGACAUGGAGCCGCAUUCACAGCAGCAACUGACAGGCUGUUGACUUCACACGUCACCAAGCGUGCCAUAUCGGGUUACAAAGAGUCAUACGUCGCAUACGGUGCAACAAAGAAGCUGUUCAGCGCGUGUGCGGGGCAGGCAGAGUAUACCAUCUCGGAGGCACUCAGGAAGGCAGAGCAGAUACCCAAGACAGCGGCGGGUGAGGAUAUCGGAGAGGGCAGUGGAUGGUGGUACGAAGAACUGGGACUUCUCCCUACAUUCUCGUCGUGGUCUCAAGUUACCUUCCUGCACAUGUACCUUAUGACCGUCCGACUACGCGGACUGUCCUCUCCCGAAAGCGUCCAGACCUACAACAGAUAUCUACUCGAUCACUUCUCCCACGAGGCGGAACGGCGCAUGGAUGAAGUUCACGGCAUAACAGCAAGGGGUAUCCGCGUGACAUAUCUCAAGGAUCUAUUCAUACAAUGGCGAGGCGUCCUGGCUGCUUACGACGAGGGACUCGUCAAGGGAGACGCCCAGCUUGCGGCAGCCGUUUGGCGGAAUCUAUUCAAAGGCCUUCCAACGGAUCAUAAGGGAAACGAGCUCGACUGGGCUAAGAUCGCGAAGGUGGUCGUGUACAUGCGACGAACUUUGGACAAGAUGGCGCCCGUGGACGAGGUGACACUUCUGACCGAGUUUGCACAGGGAUUGGGGGCUAGCAAGUAUUUUGUCACAGCUGAGAAUGACGGGCAGUUGGUCCAGCUGGCGAGUAGAGGCGCGAAGGAGUCGUUCAAGCUUGAUCCAAAGCCGUUAGGGAAGCCACAAAAAGUCAUCGGUGAAUUGAACAUGGCGGACCCAAUGCCACAGGUGCAAAUUGAACUCCCAGCUGUAGACGUGGAUAUGGCGGAAUCUACAGCCCAAGAAGCCGAAGAAGAAGCUUCAGGCCCGUCUAAUGAUGCCUCGAAGGAGACGGAAGAAGCAGAAGAAGAAACACAAGAACCAGCUGCGCCGGUAGUCGCUACACAGAAAGACCUGUUCCUUAAUGUCCUUAAAUCGCCCAUCAUACAGCUGGUCCUAGGGAAGGGCGAGGAGGAAACUAUACUCACUGCGCAUCAAGCGGUCCUUGAAUCCAGUCCAUUCUUUGCAGAGAAAUUAUCGCAAUUUGAAAGCGGAGGCGAACGCCGCAUAAGCCUUGAGGAUGAAAACCCAGAUGCGGUCGCCUGCUUCCUUCAAUUCCAAUACACUGGAGAAUACUUCCCACGAUGCAUACCUAACAACAAUAAAGAUCUUGAGCAAGACCCCGCCAUCCCCUCGACGGACGAGGUGGGCAACGAGCUCCUCAAACACGGACGAGUAUACACCCUAGCUGAAAAGCUCGGAAUACCUAAACUACAAGCACUCGCAUUCGAUAAGAUAUGCAGAACCACAAGCACGGCUUCUGCCGAGAUUGUCUAUGCUAGAUACGUGUACAGCAAUACCUCGCCAAGCGACGAGACGAUCCGGAAACCCAUUGCUAAAUUCUGGUGCACGAGGAGUGUCAUGCGUCAUGAGGCUGAGGAUGAGUUCCGCGCUUUGUGUCUUGACUUCCCGCAGUUUGGUUUCGAUAUACUUAACACCGUUCUUAACAUGAAGGAAAAGCAUAGUAGGGAGCGCGAGGCUACCAGCAGCCCUGUUCCUAAAGGAUCUGCUAGAAAGAGAUCCCGGAUCUUCUAG